CACCAGAUCAUGGAAUGCGGGCAGCCCUUCGAAGUGCUGAGUCAGCACUAUAAAGGGCCAGGCAACAUCAGGUCCCACGGCAUACUUGACCCAAACAUCCCAAAUCAAGCUUGUUCCUGGUUGUUCGGAGCUCGUGCGGAUACCAAAGGCUGGCUGUGGUGUGCAUCUCCUACCACUCAUGGGUUUUUGAGCGCCAGAUUCUCAAUAUGAACAAUCUUGACCCGUCUGGUUUGGCAAUAUAAACUCCCGCUUUCAACCCACUGAACGUAUCUCGAGGCGCCACCACCAAUUCUACAACCAUUUACCCGUUGAAUAAAAACAAGAACGAUAUCACGAUCAUAAUGGAUCACAUCGACGCAGCAUAUUCCGAACGGCCAGCUAAAAGGGUUAGACAGGCCUGCGAACCGUGCAGACGAAAAAAGGCCAAAUGUCCUGGCGAGCAGCCGGUCUGCUCAUUGUGUGCUAGACUGCGGCAGGAAUGCAUCUACGCAGAGGAAAGGCGCCGGCCUCCAGCACCAGAGGAUACUGUAAGGCCCCAUCUCGGGGGCCAGUCAUCUCCACAGACCCUGGAGGAUCGAUUGCGAAGUUUGGAAGGAAAGCUAGGAGUGGUCAUUGAUCAUCUAGGCGUCGGCUCCAGAGGAGAACCGCCAGCGGCGAGUGCCGCACAUCUUUCCACUGGCAUGAACACGCCUGGCCCAAGUACAUCUGUGAUUCUACCUCCUUGGGACGAAAUCAUUCCUCUAGCCGAGCUAUACGUGUUGUAUUGCGAGUCACAGCCCCUCCCUUUGUUCCAUACGAGUAGCUUCAUCAGCAGCCUCCAGACAAGAGACAUCGAGGUCAUCUACGCCAUCUUAGCUUUGAGUCUGCGUUUCUCGAACUCACACCGCGAUUCCCGUUCCCUGUCUGAACAGGUCAAUAGCUACGCUGAAGUAGCACGUGGCCUGGUUAUGAAGCGAGUCUCCGAAGGACCAGUCGAGGUUUCGACCCUCCAAUGUCUUUGUCUGUUGAGCCUGGUUGAUUUUACAAAUGGCAAUACGCAUCGUUCCAGCAUCCACAGCAGUCUUGCGAUGAAUCUAGCUCAAUGCGCAAAUCUCGGCCUAGAGCCUCGCGCACCAAUGAGCAACAUACAUCGUGAGGAACGCAGACGUUGUUUUUGGAGCAUAUGCUUGCUGAAACGACUGCACGGUGGCGAGUUCUCAAUCGAUAUCCCCGAAGGAGGAGGCCCAUUCUACCCCCAGAGUCCGACACGACCUGCACGGAUGCUCUCCCCAGGUCCCCUGCCCCCCGACACGCGGAGAAGUGAUAUACAAGACCAGGGAAUUUUAGCCUAUGUCAUUAUGCUGAGCGAGCCCUUCGCACGGACGGGGCGGUAUGUCAGACACCAUGGACGACCAAGCAAGGUGCCCCCUUGGUCUCCGCACUCCGAAUACUCGAAAAUCAUCGCGCUGCAGAUGGACCUGGAGACGAAAAUGCCUCUCAUACAUCGCUUCAAACCGGCGAAUCUCAGUGAUAGAUCCCUGGAGGAGCUACAAGCUCAUCGCGAAUACUGGGGACCCUGGUUUCUAAACCAGUUCAUGUACCACACCAUGCUUUGUCUACUGAACCAUCCACUCCUACUAUCUCUCAGCCUGCGCACGUUCCGCAGCACCAUCCCCGAGAUCUUCCUCCAACAUACCUCCGACUUGAUCUCCUCCCACACCACCUGGAUCAUCCACUUCAUCAACUACUUCGAAGAGAAAUCAUUCUUCGUCUCCGACCCUCUCCUAGGCUACAGCGCCGCCGUCGUAGCCACAAUCGAACUCCAACUCAGUUUCACAGAUGACCCAACAAUCCGCGACCAAAAGCGCGACCGCUUCGCCAAAUGCGUCAACUUCGUCCAAAAAAUCGGUGAACGAUGGCCUCAUAUGUCCCGCCUCGCCCAACGCCUCCAGCACCUCGAAGACGCCGUCUCGGCAACCUACCAAUCCGACGCCAACGCACAAAACCAAAGCCUACUAAUCGACCUCUCCAAAUUCUGGGAAAUCCUCGAGUACUCUUCAAACAGCGACGCAGAUUCCGCCCGCCGGCUCUUCGGUGACUCGCUCUAUGCGGGACCGUCCACUGCGAACCCGGAAGUCUCGCAGACUUCGCCGUUACCUGCGCCAACACGUAUUGGGGAGGAGAAACCGGCGAGUUUCCAGUCGCCCGGUGGUGGCUUUGGGGCUAAUGCUGCGACUGGGUUUGCGGAUUAUUCGGGACAGUCGUUGGUUUCGCCGCAGCAGCUUACGUUGACGAAUGAUGAGUUUUCGAUUUUGGCGACCAACUUUUUCUCGCAGGGGCAGGAGUUCUUGAGGGGUGGAGAUACUUGGACUAAUAUUGGGAAUUUUUAGGCAGUCGAGGUCUCUGAAUGAGAUAUCACGGGAUUCUUCCUGAAUUUACUAUGCUUGGUCUGGUAGAACGAAAUGGAAUCGUACAAUUACUUCAUGGAUAGUUUGCCCGAGAAAUCCUUCAAAUGUAAGACUGGCCAGUAUGCUAUUUUCAUCUAUGGUAUCUCCCAAAUAAGCUCAUAUGAACCCAUCCCCCAUCCAAAACAGCCAGCACCUUCACCCUACUGCGACAAGGCACUCUUAAAGACCUCCACAAAAGUAAACACCUCCUCAAAAGUAUUAUACAACGGCACCGGCGCCACCCGAACAACAUCCGGCUCCCGCUUAUCACAAAUGAUGCCUGCAUCCUGCAGCUUCUGCGCCACAUUAUGCAACAGGCCCGGCUUGAGCAGCACACUCAGCUGUGCACCACGGGCGUGCGGGUCAGAUGGGGUGAUGAUUGUGAACUGGCGGUCUGCAUCCGUGCUGUCCUUGAGGAGGAGAUACUCGAGGUAGGCGGUUAGUUUAAAUGAUUUUUGACGGAGCUGUGUCAUGCUGGUUUUGUCAAAGACGGAGAGGGCAGCGCAGAGGGUUGUUAGGUCGAUUACGGAAGGGUUGGAAAUGACAUAGCCGUUCGCGCCGGGGAUGGGUUUGAA